AUUUCGAUUUGCACAGUCAAAGUGAGCAAAUAAGGAUCAUGUUGAGAUUCGCCUGCCUCUUGGCCCUCGUUGCCAUAGCAAUUGCUGCCCCUCACCACGCCCACAGCUCCCACUCCCAUCAUGAUGACCACCAUGAUGAUCACCACCAUGAUGAUGAGAACCGUGACGGCGUCCCAGAUUCCCUUGACCUAAACCGUGAUGGCAAGAUUGACCACCACCAUCAUAAUCACCAUGACAACCACGAUCACCACGCUCAUGGUCAUCACGGACACUCUGGCCACCACGGACACUCUGUCCAUCACGGACACUCUGCCCAUCAUGGACACCCUGCCCAUCAUGGACACUCUGCCCAUCAUGGACACUCUGCCCAUCAUGGACACUCUGCCCAUCACGGACACUCUGCCCAUCAUGGACACCACGCCGUUUCCCACCAUGACGAUCAUCAUGAUGACCAUCACCAUGACGAUGACGAGAACCGUGACGGUGUCCCAGACUUUCUUGAUUUGAACCGUGAUGGCAAGAUUGACCACCACCAUCAUGAUCACCAUGACAACCACGCUCACCACGCUCAUGGUCAUCACGGACACUCUGGCCAUCAUGGACACUCUGCCCACCAUGGACACUCUACCCAUCACGGACACUCUGCCCAUCAUGGACACUCUGCCCAUCACGGACUUUCUACCCAUCAUGGACACUCUGCCCACCACGGACACUCUGCGCAUCACGGACAUUCUGCCCAUCAUGGACACUCUGCACAUCACGGACAUUCUGCCCAUCAUGGACACUCCGCUCACCACGAUUCUCACGCCCAUGGACAUUCUGCCCACCACGAUCAUCACGCUCAUGGACACUCUGCCCACGCCCACGAACAUCACGGUCACCAUGACUACACUCCUUUUGGAAAUGGACAUCCCUAUCAAAAUGUUGGACCAAAUGGUGCCGUCGUCAACUCUCCAUCCGCGGUGAAGUUGCUGGCCAUGGACACGGACACUCUGCCCACCAUGGACACCAUGCUCAUGGACACUCUGCCCACCACGAUUCUCACGCCCAUGGACACUCUGCCCACCACGAUUCUCACGCCCAUGGACACUCUGCCCACCACGGCCACAAUGACCACCACGGACACUCUGUCCAUCAUGGGCAUCAUUAUUAACAAACUUAUGAGGGAUAAGUAG